AUGGAUCCUGCGGCUGAACACGAUUUUCCUGACGGGACACCAGCUAACAGUGGCUCCUCUUUCAGCACACGAGAAGUGGUCAACUUAGCCGACGUGCAACGUGGGCACCCCAUAGACGAAGAAACGAAAAAUGGGAAGUACGAGUUGUGCGGCGUUCCUUGUAAUGUCCCGCUUGACGCCACCUGGUGCAUUCUGCUGCUGCUGCUGGUCUCAUUGGUUAUCGUGACAAUCAUCGGCGUCUACGCGGCGAAACAUCCCGCCCACGAUUCCCAAGCACUUGUGGCCGACCCCGACGUGGCGGCUGCCUGCGGUGACGAUUCGGCGAGAUGUCAUAACAUAACCUUGUACCUGAUGGACAGCCUGAACUCCCUUGUCGACCCUUGUUCCGACUUCCACGAGAACGUAUGUGGCUGGUGGAAAGCGAAAGUGGCUCACAGGGGGUCGUACCAAGACUUUCACGUUCGGUUCUUCAACUACCGCGUCGCCCGGGAACUGGCGGCCAUGGCCGACCCUUUCAUCUCAGACUCCGGCCCAACUCCGGCCAGCCUGGAAAAUCAGAUGGCAACGUUCUUCGCCAGCUGCGCCAUUGUGAGUGCCGGUUUCGACAGGGGAGGAAAUCGCGCUGAAUUGCUCAAAACCUUCGGAAUCGCCGUCUGGGAAUGGACCAAUGCGGACAACUUUGGUCGCUUUCUCGAGCUCGUCGUCACGAAAACGCUAAGCACUGGCUUGCCGUCCUUUCUGAAGGCGCAAUUCUUCAAGGGCGAAGGUUUCCGCCUGGAUCUGGGCGAAACGUUGGGUUCGACUUUUUCGUACCGCCAACGAGAGGCAAGGAAGAAUGUGCUCAUUAUGUUGGAUGACUUCCUCGAUGAGUCAACAUUGGCCCGAGUCAAUUACUCGGAAAUUUCCGCUCUUGACGAGGUUGUUCAGAACCUGACAGUUGGGCGAAAUGAAUUGCAUUGGUCGUUGCUCAAAGGGCAAGAAGAGCUGAAUUCUAUUGCAGAAGACGUGGAUUGGAUGAAGGCGCUGGAACGUGGUCUACCGGCGAAGCUUAAGAAUGAACCUAUGAAAGAUGGGUUGGAAGUGCACGGAGUGUCUGCCUUCCGGGACCUCAUCGAGAGACUCAGAGUGGAGCCACUACCACGCGUCGGUGAAUACAGCCUGGUUGUUUUGCUAGCACAGGUUACUAAAUAUGUGCCGCCAUUGGGCUACGAGGACGACUCAAAUGCAGAGACGUUUGUGGCGAAGUGCCUUCACCUCACGGCGUCUCUUUUCGACAGACUCUACCCAGUCUGGGUGGCAAAGACCUUUCAGCACACUGAGCAGGUGUCUGGUGCGAGAUAUUUGUUUGACGACAUAGUAUCUACAUUGCGUAAAGAACCUGUGGUCAACCAGGGCCUCAUGAUCGAUACCCGUCGUCUGAACAAAGCUCGGCUAGUAACCUAUGCUACGGGAGGUGCGGGGUUCGAUCCCCAGUGCCGGCCGGCGACCCACCGUUUAAUAAACAGGGAACAGGCGGGCUUCAGGGCUGUGACGCAUCGCCCUGUGGUGAAGCUCACUCUGCCUAGAAAACUCCCAAGCCGUUGCGCGGGACCCGGUGCUUACGCAGCCCUUCGUUAA